AUGGCAGUGUCCACCGCCUUAUCCAUAGCCGGUGCUGGUGCCGGCGCUCGCUUCUCCGGCGAGUUUCAGCAACUGUGUCAUAUGGAAGCUAGGCUAUUUCAAAAACCCAGAAAGCAUGCUGAGUGGUUGUGCUUUUAUAGGCACCGAUUGCCUCAUUAUUACAAGUGCUUUUGUCAAGAAAUCAGAACCGAGAAAUUGAGUUUCAACAAAAGUUUGGCUCUACGCAAAGAUUCUGAUGAUAGCUUUCUCUCGAAUGUAGAAGAUACAGAUGAGAUGUUUGAUGACUUAUUCAAUAAAUAUGGAGAGGUGGUCUUUAGGAGCAAUGACACAAAACCUCCUACUGCAGAGGUUGAUGAUGAUGCUGAAAGCUUGUCAUUUGCUGUCGAAAUGGCCAAGGUUGCAAGUGAUGUUAAGGCUUCAGAUAUAAGGGUCCUCUUUGUAAAGCCUCUUGUGUACUGGACUAGAUUUUUUAUCAUUGCAACAGCAUUUUCACGUCCUCAGAUUGACGCUAUCAAAGAUCUUGCUGAAAAGAAGUAUGGAAAAGUUCCAUCGGGGGACUCAAAACCCAACUCAUGGACCCUGUUGGACUUUGGUAAGUUCUUGAAUGACAACCCACUGAAAAUAAGUUUGCUCGAGGACCUGAAAGCUUUUAACCGUGUCCACAUGGCUGUGGUGUUUGGUUGGCAAACGAAGCAAGUUUCACCUCUGCCUGUUUCUGGUUUGCUCGGUAGACGUGCAGAGGCAGGAGGAUUGAAUAGAAACUUCUAUGGGCAGUGGGCACUCCUUGCUGAAGACAUUCCUUCACUAAUUUGUAAUGGAUCAAGAGGGGGUGUAUCGACAUCCUUCAAGUAUCUCUUCUGGCUUCUGUUCCUUCAAACUGUACUCGAAGCAGUAGAUGGAUCAUGUAUCUGUGAAAGCCAAGUGCUUUUGUUAACAGCAAAAAUUGAAUGUAUUACCAUCCAUAGUUGCAGUUUUUACUCUUCGAGGUAG